AUGUCUACAUCUUUUCCACCGUUUAAGAGUUCCUCGCUUUUAAACCUUCUUUCAAUCGGUUUCUAUAGGGUGGUAGACCAUUCCACCGUCUCUCUCACAAUCUCCAGUGAAGCAGGAACCACCAAUUUCGUACUGCACUCGAUCUUGAAGGCAGUUUAUAAUGGCCACUUUGAAGGAGGUUACAGAGCACAACAUCUCCAGGCGCCGACAACCAACCUGUGCCAAUUCCCCGAAGGGAUUUCAUUUGGACACUUUGUUGUGCAUCUUCUAUUCCACACUUUGGUUGUUGUCUCCUUCAGGUGUUUGAUGGAAUGUGCCAGACAAAAAGGGAAAUUCCUGCUAAGCAAACCCAAUUUAAAAAACCUCAACAAAUGUUGA